GCCCGGCCGGUGGUCCUUCUGGAGUCGGUGUAGUUCGCGGCGCCACCUGUGCGGCCUCCGCGUUCCUGGGCGAUGGAGAAUGGAGCGGUGUACGGCCCCACCACUGAGGAGAACCCGGGCCCUGCCAGGGGCGCCCGGAGCGGCCUGGCCGCCUACUUCUCUCUAGGCCGGCUUCGGUUGCAUCGGCGCCUGUUCAAAGUCUUGCAGCUGUUGCUGUCUCUGCUGGCCUUCGUCUGCGAGGAAGUCGUGUCACAAUGCACUUUGUGUGGAGGACUUUACUUUUUUGAAUUUGUGAGCUGCAGUGCCUUUCUCCUGAGUCUCCUCAUUCUGAUUGUGUACUGCACUCCAGUUUAUGACAGAGUCGAUGCUGUCAAAGUCAAGUCAUCGGAUUUCUAUAUUACUUUGGGCACAGGAUGUGUGUUUUUGUUGGCAUCCAUCAUUUUCGUUUCUACACAUGACAGGACCCCAGCUGAGACAGCUGCCACUGUGUUUGGAUUCCUAGCAAGUUUUAUGUUCCUGUUUGACUUUGCCAGUAUGGUCUGGGAGAAACAACAGGAGUCCCAGAUGAGAAAACCUGAGGCUACCAGGAGGACAGAGGCCACUGAACCACUUAAUGCUUAAGGACCUAGGGAAUAGGUGUUGCAUAAGGUAUCAGCUGCGUAAUGCCUGAGCCCUGGCACAAACUCUUGCAGAAUUUAUGUAAUGGUUAAACCACUUCUUUGGGGGAACAAGGGGAAGGGCAGGAAGGCACUUUUAUCUAUAUUGGACUCUGUGUCAGUCACCACAAAUUAGGCCAGAGAACUUUUUGUUUCAAAAAAAAAAUUUAUUUAAAUAACAGUUAAAACUUCUGUCAAAUGAAAUGGUUUUGUUUCUGUUUCGGAGAACAGUUGUUUCUUUAAAUCACAUAGCUCAACUGAUGAUCUUUUAUUCUGUCAUUGAAAUACCCAGGCUUUACUGUAUCUCACUCAGCCUUAAAAUUAUAUUGUAAUGUUUUAGGAUAAUUAUUAUUAACUCUUUCUGAGACCUUUUCUAGCAUAAUAGAAACUGUAUGGGAGGUGUUGUUAUUUUAUACGUAUAAAAGAAACAAUAUCAGAAACCCUAUGUUUAUACUGCACUUUGUUGUUGAUAAGCGAAAAAAAAAAAGAUUUUUUAUAUAAUAUAACACAGAAAAAUGGAAGAAACUCUCAUGGCUAAGGACCAAAGAUAAAAAAAAGAUACACUUCUUGAACAAUACAGUGAUUAUUAAAAACAGGCUUCAACUGCUUACCACUGUCUGAAGAGAUAAGUUCAUACUGGGAGCUAGGAAUUGGUCCAUUCCCCUGUUGAUAUAUGGCUCUUCCUACCGAAGUUAAUACAGCUGUAUCAGUCUGUUCAGCGUUUUCUUUGAAGCCUACCCUCUUUUCAAAACCCCAGCUUUUGAUUUUUCAUCUAUUUGAGAUUCUCCCUUUUCUCUUUAUCCACAUGGUCCAUACACUGUUUCAUCAUCUGACAGAGAGGAGUCUCUGGCCGAUGGCGGUUGUCUUUAGGUAGUCCAAACUUUGGGGCCCUUCUAACUGCACAGAGUAUGCAGCGGGAUCUUUAGGUUUCUCGUUCCCACGUCGGGGAUUACUCUGACUUCUCUUUGGGGGAGACCUUCUUCAGGAAGUAUCUAGCAAAUCCUGCCCAGGUUAACCCUGAGGAUGGUGUAAGGGGCAGCCCAGCCAUUCCGCUUCAGACUCGUUCUGACCGUUUGCAAGAAUGGCCUCUUGCUGGCAGGCUGUCCUAGAGCCAGCCGGCCAGGGCACUUGGUCCUUUCUGAGCAAGGGGUUCACAGAGUAGAUCUUUCUUGUCCUCCUCUUAGAAUUUUGACUCAGGACUCUGGUGUGAAGGCAAUAAGCCCACGUGUCAGGUACUUCAGGACUUCGGUGGAAGUCUCCAGGGCUAGGUGGACCCGGUGUCCUUCUGAAGGAGUGGAAUCGUGUUCCCAGUGAGACCAUUUAAUGACCCUAUCCGUUUGAAAUUUCUCAUUUGUGUGUGUGGAUGUGGCAGGUGCGGUGGUCAGAGUUCAGCAGCACGGCCUCCCACGGCUGCUGCCCUCUCUUGCUGACUCGGGACUGUAUCCAUUUGUUCCCAAGUUUGGAUGCUAGCGCCCGUGGUGCUGUCACCACUACCCGCCUAGGGGAUAAUGAACCCGAUCACGGAUGCUGUCUUUACUGGGCGUACCAUCCACGAGAGGAGAAAUAGCUUGGGUCCUGGGCCCAAGAAUGAAGAGUGGUUCGAAGAUAAGUAGCGUAUGGUCAGCAAGUUCUGGAAUUUCACCCCUGACUGUACACUGUCAUUUUAAAUAUCAUCCAGACCCAGCUGGGCUUUCACAGCAAACCAUCCGGGCUACCUCAGGGUCCCCGCACGUGCACGGGCUUCGUUGAAUUUGAUGGGACGUGUCCCAGCUGGCCGCCUCCGCACAGCACGUCGGCAUCGAGCCGCAGCGCUGCUCGCUCUGAGGCUUGGCUUGCGUCUCUCUUAUUGGUGCAGAAGUGGGCCUCUUAGCUGCCACUUAACCUUCCCUUUGCAGAAAGAUAAUAUAUUUGCUGGUAUUUUGGGUCCCUCUGGAACUUUUCUUCAUCCUGUUUCUAUGGGACCCAUGACUGAUUGGCCCCCCUCUUCUACUGUAGAAGGAAUUAGAGUGAAAAGACCACGUGGUGAAUAAAAAAAGUUCAAGGAAAACUUGGGACCAAAAAACCCCUUUGAUGUCCGAAAAAGGGCAAACUCAAUAAACUGAAAUGUCACAUAAUUUUUUAUUAACAGCCAUGUUAGAUUUGUUAUAUUUUAUACAGAUAAACUGUUUAAAAUGGUUCUUAAAGAUUUUAAGAGAAAAUGCAUACAAUGUAAGAAUUUUAUAACUGCCAUACUUAAAUUAUGUUCUGCUUGGGGACUGGGAAAUGUAUUUUUACAUUGUUUAUAGCCAAUCGCUUUUGUAUUUAUCAAUUUAAAUCCUGUGGGUCUCUCUUUUUUUUUUUUUAUCUCUCUCAAUGUCAAAUUUUGUAGUUUUCUUUUUAAAUAAAUCCAUUUUAUUGUCUACACCUCUGUAGUUGUUUCAUUAUCACAGAAGCCUGAUGUUGAAGAUGAAAACUUUCUCCAGAGUUCUAGGAGUUGGCUGUACAAUCUUGGUAAGUACUUCGGUGGGAUACUGGACUGUGCGUCUGCCCAGGCGUGAGGCACAGGUAGGAAGUUGGAACACACGCUGAGACCGCCUUUGUUGGGAGCCAUGUCUGAAGAGUUGCAAAGGAACGUUACGGACUAAACACCUUUAAAUACUCUCCGUCACAAUUCUCGUUGUGGCUACACAAUGCUAAAAACAAAAUAGGCACAUUCUCUUUCAGACUGUUCAGUGACAGAGAAAGUGUGAAGCAAAACUGGGGUGGUUCUGGUAAAGCUGCAACUAUUUGUGUGGUUUGCAGAACUCCCGCCUCCAGUCUGUGUGAGAACAACAAGAUCUUUAUGAUCAGCAGGAACUCACUGGAAUUCGUACAUUCUUCAGAGUUUUGUGUUUUGUUUUGAUAAAGAGCAUUGUCUUGGGGCGCCUGGCUGGCCCAGUUGGUAGAACAUGCGACUCUUGACCUCAGUGUUGUGAGUUCAAGCCCCAUGUUGGUGGAGAGGUUGCUUAAACAAAUGAAACACACAAAAAAAAGAGUUGUCUCAGUGUGCCGUCAACUGCAAGGAGCAGAAAACCUAAAUAAAUAGGUCUUAAAGAGUAAGGAAAAUGUAUUUCAUAAGCCCAGGUAGGGCCGUUCUGUGACUGGUUAAAGUUCAGCGUCUCAGCAGUAUUAUCAGGGACCCAGACUCUUUCCAUGUUUUUCUGCCCAUGCAUCUUCUGCUGUGAGUCUUUAUCCUCAGGAUUGACCCCUUAUGGUGUAGCAAGACAGGCGACAUCUCCAGGCAUCGUCCACUUGCACAACAAUGUCCAAGGCCCAAAGAAGAGAUUGUGCAUUGCUGUGUCUCUAAGGUGUUCUUUUUUCACAGAAGCCCCUUGGUGGACUUCACCUUCUUGUCUUACUAACAGACUUUAAAUGCCCAUUUCUAAAUUAUUUACUGACCUGGAGAACGGCAUUACUGAAAUUGGCCUAAAGCAAUCCAGAUUCCUCUCCUCAAGUGGUGAAUACCCUUUGAAGCAGAUAGAGUCUUCUGUUACCUGAACACAUUGGUUCUGAUAGCAAGCGCCAUGGGCUUGGGGUUCAGCAGUGUCUGGCAUAAGCAUGUUAAGGAUUGGGCCCCAGCUAGGGAAAAUAAAAUUCCCAGUUUAAGAAAUUUUUGUAGGCCUGAAUACCCCCAAAGCAAUGUAAAAUAGAAAAACUAACAGUUCUGACGUUUAGACUAAACUAUAAUUGUUCAAGUUAUGUGUACCCUAGAAAAUUGGUCUAAUGAAAGGUGGGAAGUACUGUUUUUUUUUUUUUCCUGUGGCCUUCAUAUUUGGCUACUUUUAAUUUUUGAGAACUGUCGAGUACUGGAAGCACAGAAGAUAACACCCAUUUCAGACACCACCCAGCUUUAAUAGAUCAUGACUUUUUGCCAUAAAGGCCCUUGUUUAAGAAAGAAAAUGAAGUUUCACUUCUGAAAUACCACCACCUCCAAUCUUACUUUUUACUUUCCCAAAGGCACACAUGAUCUGGAAUGUGGUAUCUGUCUUUCCUGUCUUUAUUGUCUGUACUAUAUAGAGAGAUGUAUCCAUAAGCAAUGUCCGACAUGGUAUUUAUGCUAGAUUUAGCCAUUCGUAGGUUGCUUUUUCCAAUCGGUAGUAUUUCGAAAUUUAUCUGAUACACGCAGCUCUAGUUCAUUCAUUUUAACUACUAUUUGGCAUCCCGUUGUACGAAUUUGCCAGUUUACUUACCUUUCCUCUGUUGACAGAAAAAUUUUGAUGUGGUUUGUUUUUGACCGUUUGAACCAGUGUUCUAGGGAACAGACAUCUUUGAACAUCUCACGCACGGGUGCAAGAGUUCUAUGUAGGUUGUGGACUUAGAAAUUGUUGCAUCGCAGGAUGUGUGGGAUUCCAACAUGGCUAAAUAUUUCCAAACGGUCUCCAAAGUGGAGACUUCGCGUCAGCCGUGUACGGGGGUGCUUUGUUUCCUUAUUCUUGUCUUGCACUUAGUAUUAGUUUGGCUUAAGAGUUUUGCUGAUCUCGGGCUGAAAUGGUCUCUCAUUUUCUUUUACACUCCCCUUAUGACUGGUGAGCCUGGGCGUCUUCUCAUUCGGCUGUUGACUUUGUACGCUUCCCCACAUCAGUGAGUUGUUCGUUUAUAUUCUUUGCCUUUUUUUCACCCUGAUGUGCGUUUUUGUUUUUGUUUUUUAACUCAUUUGAGAGUUCUUGACAUAUUAUGGGUGUUAUCCUUUGUUAGUAAUGUGCCUUGGAAAUAUCUCCUCAAAGUCUAUAAUUUAUAUUUUAACUUUUCUUCUUGAUACUUCGUCUCUUUGCUUAUCGAUUCUUGUUAGCUCAAGGUCACAGAUGUUCCCUGCCGCUUUCUAAAAUGUUUAAAGGUUUGCAUUUUACAUUUAGUACUUGAAUGUACCCUGAUUUCUGUAUGUGGUAGGAGCACUCCGUGACUCUUUGCUCCUCUGAUAGACAACGGCUGCUUCUGUCAUCUACCAAGUUUAUGCAUAUGCAUGGGUCUGGGGCUGGCUUCCUUAGGCUUUUUUUCUAUACCUAUGCUAAUACCAUAGUCUUGAUAAAGUAAUAACCUGAGGGCAAGUUCAGAAUUGUUGUAUUCUUAACACUUUGUUAUUUGAAACACUUUCUUUCUUUCUUUCUUUCUUUCUUUCUUUCUUUCUUUCUUUCUCUUUUUGAGCUGGGAAGAAGGGCAGAGGGAGAGAGAAUUUUUUUUUUUUUUUAAUGUUUUAUUUACUUUGGAGAGACCUAAAGACCGAGUGAGAGUGGGGGAGGGGCAGAGAGCGAGGGAGACAAAGAAUCCGAAGCAGGUUCCAGGCUCUGAGCUGUCAGCACAGAGCCCAACAUGGGGCUCAAACUCACAAACCACGAGAUUAUGACCUGAGCUGAAGUUGGAUGCUUAACCAACGGAGCCAACCAGGUGCCCCUAUUUUAAAGACUUUUUAAGAAUAGUUUUAGGUUUGCAGUAAAAUUGAGAGAAAGGUUACUUUACUUUUUACUAUAAAGAUACUUUUUACUAUAAAAUUUUAAGAUUGAUUUGGCAAGUUCCACAAAAAGCCCUUGUUAAUUUUUUCUUGGAAUUGCAUUGAAUUUAUAGAUUAAUUUGGAGGAAAAUGAUUUAUGAUUUAACUUAACAUUCGUGAAUCUAGAAUCUCCACUGAUUUGGGUCUUUUAUUGUUUUCCAAUAAAGUUUGUGGUUUUCUUCAAAAAGGUCUUGUACAUCUUUUGUCAGAUUUGUCCUAGGUACUUUAUUUUUGCAGGUGUCCAGAAUGGGAUCUUUAUUUUAUUUUAUUAUUUUUAACACUAUUUUAUUUUAUUUUUUAAAUUAAUUAAUUUUUUAUAAUUUACAUCCAGAUUAGCAUAUAGUGCAACAGUGAUUUCAGGACUAGAUUCCUUAGUGCCCCUUACCCAUUUAGCCCAUCUCCCCUCCCACAACCCCUCCAGCAACCCUCUGUUGUCUGUAUUUAAAAGUCUCUUAUGUUUUGUCCCCCUUCCUGUUUUCAUAUUAUUUUUCUUUCCCUUCCUUUAUGUUCAUCUGUUUUGUAUCUUAAAUUCCUCAUAUGAGUGAAGUCAUAUGAUAUUUGUCUUUCUCUGGCUAAUUACCCUCCAGUUCCAGCCACGUAGUUGCAAAUGGUGGGAUCUUUGUUUUAAAGAUGACGUAUUCUGAUUAGAAAACUGAAAGAUAGCUCUGAAGGCUUGCUUAAAUUGAGGUCAGUCUUUUCCUUUUUUUUAAGGUUUUCCUGUGGGUGAUGGCGCGUGCCUCCCGCCAUCCCGCACGAACUGCACCCCAGUGGUCCAGAUCCUGGCACCUGAUCCCUCCCACCAUGAAGGUUCCCGUCAACCUUUUAGUUAAAAGUUCCCAUCCCUUGGCCUUUCUCUGAAUCUGUUAUCUGCGUUUACAAAACGGUGACUGUAGUUCCUGCCACUUUGAUCAGCUAAAAUUCUGCAGUGAUACUCACAUUUUUAGCGUGCAUAAUUGACGUCAGGAAAACAAGGGUAAUCAGUACUCCUGCUCGGCUCCCGAAUGACACUAAGACAUGAGGACUGAUGCCCAUCAGUUCUUCCCACCUACUGCAUUGUUAGUGCCUGGUAGUUUUUACUUUAUCUUGUUUUAACACCUCCCGCACCUUCCACAUGUUCCUCUAGGUGCUUUUCUCUAGAUGUGGUUGCUUCACAUGACCACGCAUGCAACUUAAAUAUUGUGUCUGUAAUUAAAUAGCCGUGUGUUUCUGGGGGUGGGGGAGGCUGCACCCGAUGUAUGGUAUGUCUUCGCCAGCCCAGUCCUGGGUGGCCCAAACACCUGACCACACAGGCCACGGGCCAAUGUUUACAGAUACUGUUUACUAAAUCUUGGGGUGGCGCACUCUGGCCGGAAGUGCCCCGUGUUCAGCCCAUUGCACGGGGUGUCCACUGCGGUGGGCCCUGACCCAUUUACCAUCCCUGGAUGGCUGCAGCAUCGCAGGGGACCUGCUUGUGCCAGUGGUGGUGGGGGGGGGGGGGGGAGGUGGGGCUCUUUCAUCACUGAUUCUCGUGACAGGCAAGUCCUUUAUUAAGCCAGCAGUGCAUUAGGGGAAAACACUGUUUCUGUCCGAUGGGUGGGCGACCACUUGUUGGUGAAGGUGGUUACAGGCUCAGGGGCUGGGCUGGGCCCUGCAUCGGAAGAUCUGUUUUCUUCUCACGAUAGGACUUUCUGGAGCUUGCCCCACGUACGAACUGGAAGAUGAGAAUGUGAAAGUGGACACUGUUUCAUUUAGGGCUCAGUAACGCGGGCAGUCGACUGUCAGCAGCAGGAGUCGGUUCUCAAAUCCAAGAGGUCGGAGGCCCGGAAGUGGCGGAGGUUUCACUGCGAAAGGUGCCAGUCAACGGCGCCAUGACACCUGUAGUUCCCUGCGGGCUGAGGUGCCGGAGGCUCUAGGGCGGGGCAUCUUCUCCCGCCUGAAUGGCUUCCAAGAUGUCAGUGUUUGGGCCCUCGCUCCAGUGGACACAUGUCUGAUGACUCGGGGUGGGGGCUGCGGGAACAUCCCCAGGUUUGGAGGGACGGCCUCCGACAGCCAGUACGCGCAGCGGCCGGUCCUGGUGCGGGGCCGCUUUCGUAGUGGCGGCUACGUUUGUCCUAACGUGACCGGGAAAUAGCUCCCCGAGUCGUGACACAGCUUCCAAGAUGGUGGCGCGGAAGGCCGGACACUUGCAUUCUGUCCUCAUUUACGGUCCCGUCUGUCUCGCGUCAGCUGUGCUUGGGUGGCACGUGAUGAGGCAAAAGCAGGUUUCUCGGUGGAGCCAUUACGGAAGAGCUUGCGUCACCACCCGGCGUUCACGUGAUACUAGCCGCGUCCGAUACGCUGAUGCUCGAUCGCCGGAGAAUCCAGAGCGAUAAAAAUGUACGCUCCACACCCCUGCCCCCACCCCUAGAAAGGCGAUCUAAAAACAGUGUUAGCAACACCCGAGGCCGCAAACCAAGAGCCAGGCAUGAAGGCAGCAACACAUUCAUGCGCUUUGAUGAUGUCGGGCACUGGAAAUGGACAUGACCACGUUCUUUAAGCUUCCCUGCUCUACAGUAACGCCAGCUGCCGGUGGCCGGCAGGGGUGUUCAACUUGAAGCUUUGAAGCUUUGCACGGCACCCCUGGCUCUGUGAAACCUUGCGGGAGAAGACAAUGUACCGUUUCUGCUCCCAGGAAAAGGCAUUGUUUCCAUUGUUAAUGCUUGGCAAGCUUUAUGGGUAAACGCCCUUUUUGGCUCGGCCUCUGCCUUGUAUGAGCCACCCAAAGGGGUCGCAGUGUGUGCAUCCCGCGAGCAGUUUGUUGCAAAAGAGCAGGGAGCAGAGUCCAGACCGAAAAACAAACGUAACGCCCACAGAGCCACACGACUACAGCCAGUAUCUAAUAAAUUUAGAAAUAUGUGGGGCUU